GGGAACCCAAAUUGCAAAGUUGCAAUUGUAAUGGGCAAAACCAAAAACUCCUCAGCAUCCAGGUACGAGCAGCACAGUAUGGUCAUUGUUCCCAUGGACGCUCCAGGGCUGAAGCUGAUAAGACCCCUCUCAGUGUUUGGCUUUCUGGAUGAGCUCCACGGAGGACAUUUUGAGAUACAUUUUAAUGAUGUGCGAGUACCUGUCUCCAAUAUAAUACUGGGUGAGGGACGGGGGUUUGAGAUAGCUCAAGGUCGUCUUGGGCCAGGCCGUAUUCAUCACUGCAUGAGGUCCCUUGGUGCGGCUGAAACCGCUUUGCAAAUAAUGUGCCAGCGUGCAGCACAGAGAGAGACUUUCGGGAAGAAAUUGUAUCAGCACGAAGUUGUUGCCCACUGGAUUGCUGAAUGCCGCCUUAGCAUAGAACAGGCUCGACUGCUUACGCUAAAAACAGCCAGCAAGAUUGACACGUUGGGCAAUAGAAAUGCAAGAAAAGAGGUAGCCAUGACCAAAGUGAUUGUCCCUCGAGCUGUGGUUAAAGUGGUUGACUGUGCAAUCCAAGUGUGUGGUGGAGCUGGAGUUUCCCAGGAUUUUCCUUUGGCUUUUAUGUUUGCUUAUAUACGGACCCUGCGCCUGGCAGAUGGGCCCGAUGAAGUUCAUCUCUCAGCAAUUGCAAGGUGGGAACUGCUUGAUCAGUCAAAGAAGCUAACUGCAAAAAUCUAAUGUCAGCAUAAAGCCAUCUCAAAUGGAAAGAAGAUUCAGGAAAGAUUUUGUUCAGUGCAAUAAUGUUGUUUGAGGUAAAAUUGGAUGAAUACAAAAACUGAUUAUAGUUUGAGGCAAUACAUAUUCUCUCACUCUUUACUUGUAAUUAUUACAUUUAAUAAUCAGAGGCUUGCUUUUAAAAAUUU